AUGUCCAAAGGUAAAAACGUCAGGUCCAAUGUUUUUGGGUUUUCAGGUUACAUCGGAUUAGGUCAGGAAUGUGUCAGAAAGUUAGGGAAUGGUGGAGAUAGCAAAUGUUGGAUUACUAAUUCAGCGAAGAACCACAAAUAUCAGAUGACCUUCUCCUACUCAGAGGUUGAUAGUGUUAGCGACAUGAAAGCAAAUAACUGUGCACCUAGUGCGAAUAGAUAUGACAGGACAGGACAUAGGAAGAACAAGUGCAUGGGAAAAUACUGGGUCCAAUGCAGCCUAAACAUUGGGUUUAUUAGAUUAGUGUUGGAUUUAGCAGAUAAACAUUGGAUUGAGCAGCCCAACCUUAUUCCUCAACCUCUCCAGCAGCGGCUGGAAGAAAACAUUUGUAAACAGUCUCAGCCACAGCGGCAAAAACCUGCGGCAAUUGAAAAAAACUGA